AGAUGAUUGGGCUGCUGGAUUGACAUGAGGUUUGCGGGUAAAACUUGAAGGCGUUACUUCUGGGCUCUCCAAAAUUGUAGCCUUCUGUUGCGAACUACACUCCUAUUUUUCACCCCAGCAAACACAAAACACGGGGUACGCGCGGAGGUUGUAAUUGUCGUAAUGGCUCAAUCCACGCUACCGACGAGCAGCAACUCGGCCUUCAGUAAGCCGACAACUUCGGCCCCGUCCUCGGCGAGCAGUCCGACCAGCACCGAGAAGCUGCCCUUCAGUGUCGCCUCCCUGAUGGCUGAUAAGCCGAAGGAAACGGAGCAGAACCAGUCCGACAGCGGGCCGCCACCUCUCCAGUCUCCCGGCGGGCCCCAGUCGCCUGCCUCCCCGCCGGCUACCGUACCAACCGCCCCGGCACAACCUCCCUCCCGUCCGUCGGACUUCAGCGUCGAAGGGAUCCUUAGCAAACCGUGUUCUUCGGAAACAGCGGCGGCUGAGAAGGGACAUGACCCUACAGGAUUCGCCGCAGCAAGGUUCCCUUGGCUUCAGUCUUCACGCUACUCACCCCCGCCCAAUAGACUCCCGACACCGAAUAAGUGCACCCUAAGGAAACACAAGACAAAUAGGAAGCCAAGAACGCCGUUCACCACACAACAGUUGCUCGCGCUGGAGAGAAAGUUUCGCCAAAAGCAGUACCUGUCCAUAGCCGAGCGGGCCGAGUUCUCCGCCUCUCUAAAUCUCACGGAAACACAGGUGAAAAUUUGGUUCCAGAACCGGCGAGCCAAGGCGAAACGUCUGCAAGAAGCCGAACUGGAGAAACUCAAGAUGGCGGCCAAACCCAUGCUACCACCGGCUCUCGGUAUGACCUUCCCUUCACCGUUUUACGCGGCCGCUUCGCCCUUCCAUAGACCAGGACUGCCCGUACAAGCUUGCCAGAUCGGCCCCUACACCUACUACCCCUCACAUACCUACGCUGGGUUCAUCCACUCGUCAUAAAAGACCGGAGUGAGAGAGAGAGAAAAAACAUUGUACAUGAACUGUGUAAGUGGAAAGUUUAUACCUACUUGUGCGUAAGUUAUGUCAUAUAACUUGAAUGGACAAAGAGGCUUGUAGCCUAGCACACGGACACGCAAACGUAUUAUAAAGGGACAAAAUAUGUCCAAAAUGGGCACAGAAGACUCGCCGACACCCUUGCAAGUAUGUGCUUUGAAUGGAUGGAAGAUAUACUAUGUAUUAUUGUAAAUGUGCCCUGUAUUUUUCAAUUGUAUAUUAUGUUGAAAAUGCUUUUGUUCCGACGACAUAGCAGCUUCAUUGUUGCCGUAAAAAUUCACGAAAUUACGAAAAGCUUUCGCGAAUAUAUAUGAACAUUAUGUACUAGACUUGUUAUAUGAUGAGAUGUUAUAUUUAUUUUUGGGAAAUCGUGUGGACGUUUAUAAGAAUAGUGUGGCGGGGUCCGACAGCUGAAACCUCGAGGAUGCCCCCGGGUUUCCAGCUAAGGGGUCACCCGUCAAAAAGCUUCCAACACCCGCUGUGUCGUGAAAGCAACACCGUAUAAAGACCCCAUCAAUCCAAGGACAACGAUCUCUGACACAAAGCGUCCAGAAAUUCCCUUGAAAUUCUCUGUAAAAAGAUCUUGUUGACAGAAUUCAUGCUAUAUAAAUGUGCAAACGCUCCUCAAAAGUGUGCAAUGCUCGUUUUUGUAGUGUUCUCUUCUACCGACACAGCCUGUGUUCUCUAUAGUCUCGCUGUCCCGUUAUAGGAAAAGGACCUUGCACGGCCGAUACUGUUUCGGCCGGUGUCAGAAUAUUUGCUUUGGCUUGCAUGCCACCACUAAAAUGUCACUCAACCAAACCUCCGUUUAUGUACCACCGUGUAAAACAGGACUAAAAUGCGGUAUAUAAAUGUAUAACAUAAUCCUUGGUCAUUAAAAUGCUUCCUAAAAUGUAGGAGCUCGAAUACA